AUGGCUCCCAAACGUGUCGCCAUAGUUACCAGCAGCACGCGCAGUCCGCGUCUCAACCCUGCCGUAACGCAGUAUGUCUAUGACGUACUAACCUCCGACCCGACGAUCCCAACAAACCACAGUGAAAUAACCGAUACAGACCCGCGUCACAUAACCUUUGAAAUCCUCGAUCUAGCAAAGCAAUCCCUACCCCUCUACGACGAAUCUGUCAUCCCCGCCGGCCUACCGCCAGCAGACCCCACUCCGCACUACAGCAAAGCGCACACACGGGCGUGGUCUGCGGUAGUACAGCAGUAUGAUGCAUUUAUCUUUGUCACGCCGCAGUAUAACUGGAGUAUCCCGGCAAGUUUGAAGAACGCACUCGAUUAUCUCUUCUUCGAGUGGAGGGGGAAGCCGGCGGGGAUUGUUUCGUAUGGAGGACGGGGUGGGGGGAAGGCAGCUGAUCAUCUGCGAGGGGUUUUGACGGGCUUGCGGAUGAGGGUUGUUGGGACGGCGCCUGCAUUACCGGUCAAGUUUACUGGGUUUCCUGUUGGAGUGUCGUCGGAGGUGGAAGAGGUGCAGUUGGAUGAGAGGGAUCUGAGUGGGUGGAAGGAGGCUGGGUUUGAAGGGAUGAUGCGGAAUUUGGGGAUGGAAUUAGUUUGUGAAUUAGAUAAGGAGUGA